GUAUAGGUUAGCCGUUAGGCAUUAGUUUACAGUUUACUUUUGUGUAUUUUGUGUGACGUUGUUUACGCGUCAGUGCCAUAUGAAAAUAUUUUUUUUCGAGUGUAAGAAUAUUAUUUUUGAUCUAGGAUCAAUUCUGGAUUAAUUAUGACAUCAUGACGUUCUUGAGUAAUAUUAUCGUUAUUCCAUUACUUUUUAAUUUAAUUCAUAACGUCCGUUCAAUAGACCAAGACUAUAAUACAGAUAGAAUCCCGAAAUCUGUAUACAGAAGACAGAACUGCGUACCGAUUGUGUACGUAACCGGUUCUCACUAUGAAGUUGGAUAUAUGGUCGGACAGACGUUCGGAAAAGUUAUAAGAGAUUUUGUGGACACAUAUGAGCCGUUGAAAGAGUAUUUGAAAAUUUAUGAAACGUCCGCGGAUGGGAGACAAGUAUACAACGAAUGUCUAGAAACGACGGAUAAGUAUUUUCCUCAAUACUUGGUCGAGCUCAAAGGAAUGGCCACCGGCGCUGACGUUCCGUUCCAUAAGCUUUUCCUCAUCCAUUUGGACGAUAUACUAGUGUCAAACGUCCGGGAUACUAGUGCUGAUACGAGUGCUGGUUGUUCUACAUUAAUGGUGAACAUACCGUGCAAAGGACAGUUUAUCGGACACAACGAAGACGCCUUGAAUGCGACGAUAAAUCAUUUUUACAUCGUUAGCGCUCACAUCAAGCCGAAUGGUAAAGAAGGCGGCGGAAUAUUUCCGAUAAGAGAAGAGAAAUGGGAAGCGAUGACUUACGCCGGUUCGCUGUCUGGAUACGCGAGCGGUCACAACUACCAUGGUUUGGUGUUUUCGAUCAAUACGAUAUUCGCGAAAAAACUCCGCAGGAAUAAAAUACCUCGAGUGUUUUUGACGCGAGCCUUGUUGGCUUCUAAGGCCAACAUAAAUGAAAUUCAAGAGAUACUAACCAACCACGGAGCUGGUACAGCGGACGCGUUUCACGUAAACGCCGGUUUCCUUGACGGAAGCAGGUGUACCCGGGUAUUCUAUUCGAUCGAGGUGACCCCGUCGGAAAUCGAUCGGAAGUCAAAAGUGAUCGUAAGAUCGAUAGACACCGCAUCGACAUCCUUUUACACGAACAAAUUACAAUUUUCGGAUUGCGAGGAAUUAAAAGAAUCUGGUUGGAAGAGCAGCGUGGCCAGAGAAAAAACGUUUGAGGAAAUAAUGUUACAGGAUAACAUCUCAAGUUUGGCAGACAUUCUGAGAAUAUUGGGAUCCACUCGAGGUGGAGAGUGGCAAAUUUUUAGGGACAGGGCUAACGAUUUUGUCAACACGAUCAAUCUUGGAGUUUUUGAUUUUGUUGAAAGAACGUGGACGAUAUGGACAAAUAAUCCCUUGACCAAUCCUCCUAUUAUAAAGUUGCCGUUAAAAUUCACGACUUUCAUCAGUCCUACUACAGAUAUAGGAACUGAGAACCAACCAUAUAUGCACAGAAUUAUGUCAGAGGUUUCUGACAUUUAUAAAAAUAGUUUAGAGAAGUUUAAAAAAAUGUUUGAUAUAAAAUUCUAUUAAUCCAAAUUUAAAACUUUAAUUUUACAAGGGCGUUCAUGUUUUUCAUAUUUAAUUACUUAUGAACUAUUGUACUAUAAUAAAUAUGGAAUUAAUAAACUAAUAACCAAUUUAUUUUUUAA